ACGCCGAUUAUAAGAACAAGAGCAAAAAGUUGCUUUUUUUUCAUUCAGUCGCGAAACUUGUACACACAUGGGAAGUUUGCGCGUUUCGCUUAAAUAUUUGCCAAGUCGCAUAUUCAGUGAAUUUACUUGUUACUGAACUUAUUCAUUAUGUGCCGCAUCGUUAUUUAGUGAUCUUUAUUUAUUAAAAGUGAUUAUUUCACAAUUGUUUUGUGUUGAGGUGUAAAACUAUUGACAAAAACCAAAAUGAGGCUAGCAGGCACGAUUUUUUCGAAUGUUACCAAAAUGUUGGACUUUUAUUCACAAUUUAAUCCAUCGCCGCUCUCCAUAAAGCAGUUUAUUGACUUUGGAUUGAACGCGUGCGAAAGAAAAUCGUAUCUGUUCCUAAGGAAGGAACUACCAGUGAGGCUAGCAAACAUAAUGAAGGAGAUCGCCCUUUUGCCAGACAACCUGCUGCGGAUGCCGUCGCUAGGGCUGGUCAACCAAUGGUACGAGCGCUCCUUCGAGGAGAUCAUCGAGUUCGAGAAGAAAGAGCCGGAACCACCUGUGCUGAGCCAGUUCUGCGAGAGGCUGGUCCUCAUCAGGAACCGGCACGCGGACGUGGUGCAGACGAUGGCGCAGGGGGUGCUGGAGCUGAAGGAGUCGCACGAGGUGGAGCCCGGCAUAGAGAACUCGAUCCAGUACUUCCUCGACCGGUUCUACAUGAGCCGGAUAUCCAUACGGAUGCUCAUCAACCAGCACACGCUGCUUUUCGGUGAACAGCUGGGCUCGCGGCAGGCGUCAGUGAACGGCAUAGGCAACGGCGGGCGGCACGUGGGCUCCAUAGACCCCGCGUGCGACGUGGCGGCCGUGGUGCGCGACGCGUUCGAGAACGCGCGCUUCAUGUGCGACCGCUACUACCUCGCCUCGCCCGAGCUGGAGCUGCUGCAGAACGGACAGCCCAGUGACAAGCCAAUGCCGAUAGUGUACGUGCCGUCUCACCUGUACCACAUGCUGUUCGAAUUAUUCAAGAACAGCAUGCGCGCCGUCAUGGAGAGGCACGAGAACGACCCGCCGCCUAUACAGGUCAACCUGGUGAGCGGCAAGGAAGACGUCAGUGUUAAGAUAUCAGACCGAGGCGGCGGCAUAUCGCGCAGUGUGUCCGACCUGCUCUUCAAGUACAUGUACAGCACAGCACCGCAACCCUCUAAGUCAGACUCGCACAACGUGCCACUUGCCGGGUACGGUUACGGUCUGCCCAUCUCGCGACUGUACGCGCGCUACUUCCACGGCGACCUCGUGCUCAUCUCCUGCGAGGGGUACGGCACCGACGCUGUCAUAUACCUCAAGGCACUGUCGAACGAGGCGAACGAAUUACUACCAAUAUUCAAUAGAACUUCUACCAAAUUCUACCGAGCGGCGCCGGCGGCCGCUGAUUGGUCGGGGGCAAUGCCGAAUGUGUCGCGAAAUCCUGCCCGGGACAAGCCGUCGCUGUCACACAAAGCGUAACGUAUAUAUGCUAGAGCGAGACAGCGGUAUGUGAGAACUGUCGUAUAUGUGCUAAUCUUCAUAAUGUGUAGCAAGUUAUAUCGUUCUUCACCCGGAAUAGGUCAUCUCUGUUCAUUGACCUCUUAUAAUAAAAGGGCGCACGAUCAUGUAGAAAAUUUCACUUAAAAACUGGCUGUGAAGAAAAUUAUACCUAAAGGCCUUUACAUGUAGUCCAAUAUUCAAUAAAAUCUCAAAUUCAGAGCAAAUUCAACCUUAAUAAUUGAGUUUAAGGUUGAAUUUGCAAAUGCGACUACGUGAAGUGAGUGCCAAGAAGUUGUGUUUGGCACUCAUUGAAUGGGGACGUUUUUGGUCGCUGAUUGUGCAUUCACUUUUUAAUAAGUGAUCGAUGUCUCUGUUACACAAUACGACAUAUGUACACGUGUAAGCGAGAUAGAUAGUGGUAUGAUAUAUGAUUAUUUGGGUAUUAUACUAAAAUAUAUUAGAAGGUUGUAGUCUUUGAUCCUGGUGGUAAAAAUAGUCUAAGUCUUGGAUGGUUCCCGAUAUUCGCAAAAAUGAGAAAUAAAUGCAUUAAGAUUAUUUUUUGAAGUAAAACUUUACGCACGGGCCCUGUAGCGCAGUGGAUUUACAAGACGGAGGUUUUUGUUUGAAAGAGUAUAAAUACUUUCAGAUUGGUCCCAUAUAAUUUUCAUGAAAAUCGAUUUAGUAAUUUUGUGUUAAAAUGAAAAUAAUGCAUCAAUGCAUUAUUGGCAAAUAAGACCUACCGCGUGUGAAUUUGACUAUAUAAGAAUUGGACCUAUCGCGCUUGGGAACAAAAAAUUGUUGUGGUCUAUGGGUAUUGUAAUGGUUAAAGACGGUUCUAAAUACAAAUACUCUAUGUUGUAUAUAGGCAAAGAUUUUAUACUAUUAGAUAUGCCACUAGCGCGUCGAAACUGAGGCGGACUAAAGUGGCUAAUUGUCUUGAUUUCAUUUAGUCGCAUUGUGAACUACGAAAGUUAUUUAUACAAUGAAUACCUAAAUAUUGUCUAUAAUGUCGAGUUGUUUCUUCAAGAAGUGUAAAAACUAUAUAUACACAAAUAAAUAAUGUAGUUAAAUUAUGAUCACUUUGCUGUGUAACAUUUUGUAGGCACGUAAACAUAUCUAGUAGUAGAAAAUCUUUGUAUAUAGGCAUAUAUAUAUAUAUAUAUAUAUAAUACAUUGCAAUAAUUAGCAAGUAAUUCGUAUGGAUUUUGUUGUACAAUAUAAUUAUUGAUUGUGAUACUCAGUAUAGAAUAGGAAUACGUAUGGUUUGUGAGUUUUGGUGGUUUUUCUUGGGAUUCAUCAAAAAAAAAAAUCUAUAUAAAAAAGGAAAAUGGUUGACUGAUAUGUUAAGUUCGGAUUUUUAAAUGACAUUUUUGGUGCAAGUUUCUUCAUAUGGUAUUGGGUGUAAAUUGGAGAUGUUAUGAAUAGCGAUUUUGCUGAAUACCGAAUAUCCGGCCAAAUUCUUGGCCGAAGAGGAGGCCGAAUAUUCGACCUCUAAAUAUUGAUGUUUAUUAUGCAAUUUUUUUUUACUGUUAAGUACCUCAGACUUUGUUACUAACAGUGUUUGCUAAUUUGAAACUUUUUGAAAUUAUUUUUUUAUGUAAAAAGUACUCACUGACUAAUCUAGCAACACAGCUCAAACUACUGAACUUAGAUAUAAUAUUAUGGCUUGCGUACCUAUAGUUGUAAUAAACUAUAAAAAUAACUUUUUAGUAAAUUAUUUUGCCGUGAUAGCCCAGUGGACAUGACCUCUGCCUCCGAUUCCGAAGGGUGUGGGUUCGAAUCCGGUCCGGUGCAUGCACCUCCAACUUUUCAGUUGUGUGCAUUUUAAGAAAUUAAAAUAUCACGUGUCUCAAACGGUGAAGGAAAACAUCCUGAGGAAACCUGCAUUCGUGUGUGAAGUCUGCCAGUCCGCAUUGGGCCAGCGUGGUGGACUAUUGGCCUAAUCCUUCUUACUCUGAGAGGAGACUCGAGCUCCGCAGUGAGCCGAAUAUGGGUUGAUACCGAUCCGAUCCGAAAGUAGUUUGCCAAUUUAAUUUGUUUAUAAUUUGCUGUUUUGCCAUUUUUGGACGAAUACUGAAUAGUCGCCGAAUAUUCGUGAUUGCGAUGAAUAUUAUAAUUGAAUGAAAUAGAUUGUGCAUAUCGAUUUAUUCUGCAAUCGAGUUCAAAGCGAUACAAUGAAACGAUUGACUGAGUUGUUGGAAAAAAUAUUAUUUAGCAAUUAGUUUUAGUGAUAUGGAACAUUAGUUGUGUCUAUAGAUAUUAUAGAAUUCAAUUUAAUAUUUUGAAAUCGAUUUUUAAAUCGAUGUAAUGCUAUGGAUUUUGAUUUUGUUUCUCUUAAAAUCAAUUUAAUAUGAUUAAAUUAUGUAAUAAAUUAUAUUGAUUUUAACUAAAAUGUCGAUGAAGGGACAAUUCUAUUUAAUAAGUUUUAUAAUUUCUUGUACAUAUUGAAAUGAUUGGCUGAUUUUUCUUGAUUGUAAUGUUAUUUUAAAUUAGAUUUAUUUUUGAAAGGAUGUUAGGUAUUGAUUGCAAUCGAAAUGGAAACUAAGUUGAUUACAACUAUCGAUUUGAAAUAGUAAAUGGACAAAUAAUAAGAAGUUGUGAAUAUUUAUAUUAAUUUUCAUUAAUCUGAGGCAUAAAACAAAGUGAUAUAUUACUACCUUUAGAGUAGGUACUGUUCUUUAGAAACAUUACAUAAAAUGUUAUAAUAUAGUACGAGUAAAUGAAUAAAAAUAUGUUGCGUUUACGUUAGAGUAAGAGAGAUAGUAAUACAUAUAUAUUUUUUUAUUCAAAAAGUUAGGCCUUUGAUUGUGAUCUCAUCUGAUGUUAAGUUACAGUACUUCCGGUUUUUUUAAACUAUCUACUCCCUUAUUUUUAUUGGAACCAAAGAUUUUAUACUAUUAGACAUGUCACUAGCGCAUCGAAACUGAGCCGAGCAAAAGUAGCUAAUUGUCCUAAUUUCAUUGAGUCGCAUUGUAGACAACGAAAUUUAUUUUGAAUAUUAUUAUUAACUAAGUAAUAUGUAAAUAUUGUCUACAAUGUCGAGUUGUGUGAUCAGGAAGUGUAAAAACUAUUUAUACAUAAAUAUAUAAUGGAAGUAAACACAAAAUUGUGCAUGUGUGCUCAAUUCGGAUCACAUUUUGCAUUUAUUUUGUAGGCACGUAACAUAUCUAAUAGUAGAAAAUCUUUGCUAUUACCCCCAUACGGGCUUAUACAUCGUAUUGGAACUAUAAGUCCAGUACGUAACGCGCUACGAGAUACUUGUAUACGUUUGUCUGCCAAUAGCGACGAAAUGGACGAUAUCAAAACAAAAUAAAAAAGAUAGUGAUAUUUUCGAUUUCGUUGUAUUGGUCGACACACAUAUCUUUCUUUGUCACGAGAUAAAUUGUCGUUGACACAUGCUAAGCGUCCAGAUAAAAAGCAAUUUAGAGAUAAGAUCCUAAAAUGAUAUGAGCAAACCCAAAAUCCUAAUAAGCAACACACUUUAAUUUUCAGAAAAAAAAAUCUGUGUUAUUUGUUGCUAAAACAUAGCAGUACAAUUACAUGUAUAUUAAUAGUUUUCUUUAUAUUUUUAUUGGAUAUAUGUUUUUGGGUCAAGUCCUUUUGAGCAUCGUGUCUCUAGAGGUAAUUACAUAUCACUGAAAUAAUACCAUAAACACUGCACAAUGAGUAUAUGAUACAUAACAUAGUUAAGAUAGGUGUCAAAGGUUAAGAUAGUAAAAGAAUAUAUUGUCUAUGGAUAGAUGCGAAUAAAAAAAAAUAAUAGGAACUAGUAGGUAUAGCGAAAAUAAAUUUUUGUAAUGACAUUAAAAAUAGUACAACUAAUUUUGUUAUUAAUGUUAAUAUAUAUAUUAUUAUUAUCAAUACAAGUUUUCACUUUUGUAUGAACAAUUAUAAAUUUCAAUACGUCAUAUGUAUUGUUUUAAUUCGCUUUAAAAAUUAUAAAUUGAAUUUAAACUAUUAAAUUAUGUUUAAACUCAGUUCAAGCAGUGAAGUUUUUAAUUAAAUAUCAAAUAUAGAAAGAUGUAGUCUGCGCUAAACUUGUAGUCAGUUCUGAAGUUGCAUUUUGUACACUGCGCGUCUACCUCGUGUUCAGAGCGGACUAGAAGUUUGGCGCCUACUAUACCAAUUUUUAAUAAUCGUGGUACCUAUUUCUAGGCUUUAUGUAAAGUUGAGUAGGUAAACGGAAUAAGUGUCAUAUGCACUGUGAACAACAUUGUAUAGUGCGACAUAAAAAGAGUAGAAAUUAAUUAAAAUGGAAUUAAAUUUGCUGUGUGGCAACACCACAUUUACUGUCAUUAUCAGAAAGAUCUGUCACUAUAGAGCAACCAAUCAUUAUUGACAGUUGUAUGAGAUUUAUAAAAUCAUAGUGGAAAUUCGGAUAUUUAUCAGACAAAUUACACUAAAUAUAAUUUAUUUAGAUUGACUUGAAUUUAUUGAAAUUUAAUAAAUGUAAACCAUGUAAUAACCUAUUUUAGUACCGAUAAUACAUAAUGCUUACUUCCGGGCUAGAUAGUAAGUAUUUUCCUAAUAUAUUUAUUAAUUUAUUUAAAUUAAUAAAUAAUAUUAUUUUCAACCGAUCAUAUUUAAAAUAAGAACAUUAUAUUACCUACGUAUAGAACAAAAUAUCGAUUAAUGUCAAGUAUCACGGUAGUUGCAAUACCAAAUGGCUGACAGUACACAGGGUUACCCUAUGAACGACAGCGCCUUUAUUUAUUUUCUACUCUUUUGUAUCGCACUAUAAGUACAUUUUUUAAUAAGUAUAAAAUUCUUCAUUACAUAAUUGAACAAUUUGUUGAACAUGAUCAUUGGAAAGGUAUGAAACUACUAUCACACCUUUCACAAUGUUCAUUGUAAAAAAUGACACAGAUAUUCUUUUAAGUUAGAGAUUUUGUACAACUCUAUGAUGCAAUUAAUUAUAUGUAUAUCAACAUGAACAGUUACAUAAUUGAUGUAAAUUAUUAUUUUAUACUUUGUCAAACGAAUAACUGUUAAAGUCAUAGCAUUUUUUUUUUCUAUUAUUUAUUGUUUAAUUUUUAAGCGUUAUUCCAAAAUCGAUAUUUAUUACGUAAGCGUAGAAUUAAAUUAGAAAAAAGAAAAUGGUUAAUUUUUAUUAAUAAAAUUUGAAAAAAGA